AUGGUGCUGAGGUUAUUCCUGCCGCUGGCAGUGGUAAUGCUAGCCGCUCAUGCUCAAUAUAGCAACAACAGAAGUCCCUACCAGCAGCAGCCCGGUCAAUCGCAGUACGGCUACCCCGGCCAGAAUCAGAAUCAGAAUCAGCAGAACCAAUUCCAGAAUCGUGGCCAAAUGCCGCAACAGCAAAACCAGCAGCAACAGAAUCAACAACAAUUGCGCAUGCAAGGCCAGAACUUCCAACAGCAAAACCAAUUCGGCCAGCAGAACACCAAUCAGCAACAAUUCGGACAACAACAACAGCAAAACCAACAGUUCAACAACGGCCAGAUGAACACGCAGAACUCGCGGUCGGCAGUGAGCACGAACCCGAUCAGGAUGACGAACGCCACCGACAUGGGCGCCACCGUGACGCUGCAGCUGAGGUCCUACUCGAACCCGCAGAACUCGCUGGACGCCGACACAACCUGUGCUUGCCCGGUGGCCAACUGCGACUUUUUGCGUGCGAAUGAGCAGAACAACUGCCAGUUUUCGUUUAUGGUCGUCAUCUCGUCGGCUGACCAAACCGUCAAGAUGAUCCAAAGCGACUUCUACCCGUUCUCGCAGACGAUCAGCCAGGGUAACUGGACCCAGCAGAUUACUCUUCAGGUCCCAACGAAACCGUCUGCCAUCGACGUCUUUGUCCAACACCUUGGAGCCGUUAUCCGGCGCUCCUCCGCCCAGCUCCUGUAUUUCAACAACCGUUUGACUUUGGUCGACGCCUUCGCUAUUCCACUGCUGCAUGUAGAUCCGUCAAGCGGAAACGGCCGCCUCACCACCCAAAUCACUAGCCAGCUACAACAGGGAUCGGCUCUCAACCUCGACCUCUCGAUCCAGUGCAUGGUCAACCAUUUCGGCAAAAAUUGCGAUCUGCAGUGCGGAACGCUCGGCCAAUCGAAUAAUAACAACAACAACCAAGUUAUUUGCUCAUCCCAAAUCGACGGCACCAUCCAGAGCUGUCAGUACAACUCUGCGCGAACCCAGGUCCUUAAUUGCGUGGACUGCUUGAACAAUGCGUACAACGCCACCAGCGGACUGUGCACGAAUAAUAAUGGAACGCCAGUGGUAUCGGGCCUCGUCUCGCACGCCUUCCGCACGUGGACCAUCGUACUUGGCGUGCUGCUCGGGUUGGCGCUGCUGCUCAUCCUUUGCCUCAUCAUUGCUUACAUUAUUCUGCGAAAUCGCGAGAACGAGGACUACGACAACGCACCGGCCGUCUACAAGCCGCCGUCACAGCCAGCAUCCCAGCAAUACAGCAACGGGUCAAACGCACGAACUGCUGAUGAGUGGGCAACACCAGCGCGGAGACCGCUGUUGCAAGAUCCAAAUGAUGAGCCCUAUCGCCAGACGACCACGACAGUAACGACCACGCAGCAACGACAAGAGCACGCCGUC